AUGAACGUAGGGCCCAUAGUGUAUGAGCCGCCGAGAAAGGGUCCAACAUUGUGGGAAAUCGGUGUACCGGACCGAACAGCUGGAGAAUUCUAUAUACCGGAUCCUUACCCUACCCUUAUGAACAACCUCUAUGUUAACCCACUUCAAGACAGAUUUAGGCAAUAUGGAUUAUGGGAUCGUUAUGCAGAUUUAUACCCACAAAACGAUCUUGUCUACACAAUCGCUAUAAGUGAUUACAGAAGAGACUGGUUCUUUGCACAUGUCACCAGAAACGUUGGAAACAAUACAUACUAUCCAACGACAUGGCAAAUCAUAUUCAACUUACAGAAUGUGAACCGGGUCGGACUCUACAUGCUCCGAAUAGCUCUAGCCUCAGCCGCUGAUUCCGAAAUACAAGUUCGGAUCAACGAUCCAAAAUCCGAUCAUAUUUUCACGACCGGUUUAAUCGGAAAAGACAAUGCGAUUGCGAGACAUGGAAUUCAUGGGUUAUACAGAUUGUACAGUAUCGAUGUUGCUGGAAACUUACUAAGCGUUGGUGAUAAUACAAUAUAUUUAACUCAAUCGAGAAGUACAACACCAUUUCAAGGUGUUAUGUAUGACUAUAUUCGUCUUGAAAGUCCUUUUAGAACUUGA